UAGCUAAUAUUUACUUUCCAUCGUGCGACUAGGAAAAUAAAACGACAAAAUUAAUUAAAUGGAUAAAUUCAUGUUACAAAAUGCAUGUUGAUUGUAGGAAUCCAGUCGAUUCUAACGAUCCACUUGUUGAUAUAAGACAGUUGUAAAAUGCCGGUGUUCACCGCUAACAUUCCAGGAUCGCUUAAAGUGGGUGAUCGAAUCGAAAUCGGUGGCAAAAUAAAAGAAUCUGCACGAAAAAUGUCAAUAAACCUCUGUGCCCAAGACGGAGAGGAGCCAAAAGACGUAGUGCUCCAUUUCGACGUGAGGUUUCAUCGAGACAACAUCAUUUCUUUGUCCAGGAAGAAUGGCAUUUGGAUCGGCAGCGGGAACUACGACACCAACUACAAUAUGUUUGUGCCCGGCACAAUAUUCCGUAUAGUCUUCGAGAUCAAGGACACGGAUGUGAUCACAAUCUACUGCCAGGGCAAGUUCCACUCCAACUUCCUGCCGAAGAUCCCACUCAGCAUGGCGCGCUAUCUGGUGGCGUGGGCCGACGUCGACAGGAUCACGCACUGCUUCUUCUACCUCUGUAAUAAGAUAUUUUUCUCCUCUUUUGAUUUACAGAAUGUUAUCGGUGAUGGCGUACCUCCUAGUCCUGGGAUGGCGUUUCAGAAAUUACAGACUCCCGCUGUGGCGACUGCGUUAGCUGGCGAUACCAAAAGAUGUUCCAGAUCACACAGAAAAACGCUAGACAAGAGUGCACGUCGUCUGAUCUCAGACGAUAGCUGUUCCGACGAAGAUACCACUAAAGGCAGACCAAAAGCCGAGGGUAGAGUUGAUAAACACUUCUAUGAAUCUCUCAUGUGCCAACCCGAUAAAAAUCUGCCUGCAAAAAAAAUGGGUAGUGUUGCCAGGAUGCGUUCGGACAACGUUCAAAAAUACGCAAGGAGUAGGCGCGAAAAUGAAAUGUCAGAAUCUGAGAAAAUUAGCGAAACGGACGAGUUAGAAUCGAAAAUUAUGGCUUCUUCAACAACUGACGUGGAUAAAAAACACCGCAGGCGAAGUAAGUUCCCCUUUUCACAUGUUGUUAAUUUCAUGGGCAGGUCAUCCAGGCAUAGACACUAGCUAUAGGUGCGUUUGUAGUCGUUACUUUAUUGAUUUUUGAUUUUGUUUAUAUUUUUUGUGUUAUAUUUUUCUAUAUCACUGUUGUAUAAUGUUCCUAGUCUAUUAUUUGUUUUUAAAUAUAUUAUAUUAAUUAUGUACCUA